GAAAACCCACACAUAUUGUGUUUUGUUGCCAGCUUAAAGUAAAGAAGAUUAUCUCUGAGAUAACGACGUCAUAUAGGUGAGAAAUAUUCCGUGUACUUUAUCGCUCUUUUGAAGUGUGUCUGGUCCAGAACAAGUUGAAAAGCGAAGCCAUACAGACGCUUUUAUCUGAAGUUUUCUUUUGCGAUUCAUGCAUGGAAAGUUUUGAAGUUAAUUUUCGAAGUAAAACCAGAAUCGGGAGAUACUAAAUAAAUCCAUAAAGUUGAAUGAGAGGACCUGUGUGAUAUUUUCAGUAAUUUCCAAAAAAAAAUAAUUAUAUAGACUAUGCAGGCCGAUAAACUCCCACCGAAUCCUCGUGAAUCGGCAGGACUAUUGUCCUCGCUUAUGUUUUGCUUUGCUCUGCCCAUUCUCUUCAAGGGCCGCAAAAAGACCCUUCAACCCACGGAUCUCUAUCAGGCCCUCAAAGGACACAGAGCGGAUAGUCUGGGCGACAGAUUCUUCGAGACAUGGCAGGCCGAAGUGGAAGCGUGUCGCCGUGGGAGGCCCAACCAAGAGCCGAGCAUCAUCAAAGUGAUCCUUCGCGUAUUCGGCUGGCAAUUGCUGGGCUCCGGUCUGAUCAUUGGAGUCCUGGAACUUGGAACCAGGGCCACUGCACCCCUAUUGCUGGGCGCAUUGAUAUCGGAGUUUACGGCCCAUGGAAAUGGCGAUGGACUGAGAGCACAGCUCUAUGGAAUCGGCCUGAUAAUCACCACCUUGACCAGCGUCCUCUUGACUCACCCUUAUAUGAUGGGCAUGAUGCACCUGGCCUUGAAGAUGAGGGUAGCCGUGGGCAGUGCCAUCUAUCGCAAGGCCUUGCGCCUGAGUCGCACUGCUCUGGGGGAUACCACAACCGGCCAGGUGGUUAAUCUGAUAUCCAACGAUUUGGGUCGCUUCGAUAGGGCUUUGAUACACUUCCACUUUCUGUGGCUGGGACCGCUGGAGCUGCUGGUUGCCUCCUAUUUUCUGUACCAGCAGAUUGGCCUGGCCUCGCUCUAUGGGAUCGGCAUACUCCUGCUCUAUCUGCCGGUGCAGACCUAUUUGAGCAGACUGACCUCCGUGCUGCGUCUUCAGACCGCUUUGCGAACGGACCAGCGGGUGCGAAUGAUGAACGAGAUCAUAUCCGGCAUACAGGUGAUCAAGAUGUACACCUGGGAGCGGCCCUUUGGCAAGGCGAUCGAGCAGCUGCGCCGCAGCGAGAUGAGCUCCAUUCGCAAGGUGAACUACAUCCGCGGCACUCUGCUGUCCUUCGAGAUUACUCUCGGGCGGUGUGCAAUCUUUGUGAGCCUCUUGGGCUACGUCCUGAUGGGUGGAGAGCUCACGGCGGAGAAGGCCUUUGUGGUCACGGCUUUCUACAACAUCCUGAGGCGUACUGUCAGCAAGUUCUUUCCCAGCGGCAUGUCCCAGUUUGCCGAGCUGAUGGUCACAUUGCGUCGAAUCCAAGCAUUCCUGAUGCGCGACGAGACGAAGUCAGUGCUUCAGGGCGAUGCCAAGGAGAAGCCCACCGAAGUUAUGGUCGAAAUUGAGACUCUGACCGCACGCUGGAGCCCAGAGCACAAUGAACCGGUGCUGGACAAGAUCAGCAUGAGCCUGAAGCGUCCGCAACUGGUGGCCGUCAUUGGUCCCGUGGGCUCGGGGAAAUCCAGCCUCAUCCAGGCUAUACUCGGCGAGCUGCCGCCCGAGUCUGGUGGCGUGAAACUCCAGGGCAGAGUGUCCUAUGCCUCGCAGGAGCCCUGGCUCUUUAACGCCUCCCUGCGGGACAACAUCUUGUUCGGCCUGCCAAUGGACAAGCAUCGUUACCGUCGUGUGGUCCAAAAGUGUGCCCUGGAGCGCGACUUCGAGCUGCUGCAGGGCGAUCAGACAAUGGUGGGCGAGCGUGGAGCCUCCCUCUCAGGCGGCCAGCGGGCGAGGAUCAGUCUGGCCAGAGCCGUGUACCGCAGGGCGGAUAUCUACCUGCUGGACGAUCCGCUCAGCGCCGUGGACACGCACGUGGGUCGCCAUCUGUUUGAGGAGUGCAUGCGUGGCUUCCUCAAGCAUCAGCUGGUCAUUCUGGUGACCCAUCAGCUGCAGUUCCUGGAACAGGCCGAUCUGAUUGUGAUUAUGGACAAAGGCAGGAUCACAGACAUUGGCAGCUAUGAGGAGAUGCUGAAGAGCGGUCAGGACUUUGCCCAGCUCCUGGCCAAGAGCACUCGCAAUGCGGAUGGAGACCACAGUGAGGCGGCAGCUGGCGAUGGCAAGUCCGCCUAUUCCCGUCAAAGCAGCUGCCAGAGCAGGACGAGUGUCAGCUCUGUAGACUCCGGUGGAGCGGACUCACUCAACGAGGAGGUGCCAGCAGUCCUGCCCGUGCAGGAGUCACGUUCCAGCGGUAAUAUCGGUCUUGACAUGUACCGAAAAUACUUUGGCGCUGGCUCUGGCUGGAUCCUGUUCGCUCUGGUCGUGUUCUUUUGCCUGGGCACACAGCUGCUGGCUUCCGGUGGCGAUUACUUCCUCUCCUACUGGGUUAAGACGAGCAACAACCAAUCUUCUCCGGUGGACAUUUACUACUUCAGUGCCAUCAAUGUGGCCCUCGUGAUCUUUGCCCUGCUCCGGACUCUUCUCUUCUUCAGCAUGGCCAUGCACUCGUCCACUCAACUGCACAACUCCAUGUUCCAGGGGGUGUCCCGCACGGCUCUGUACUUCUUCCACUCGAAUCCCUCGGGUCGCAUACUCAACCGCUUUGCCAUGGACCUGGGCCAGGUGGAUGAGGUGCUGCCCGCCGUCAUGCUGGACUGCGUACAGAUCUUCCUCACCAUAGCCGGCAUUAUCUGUGUGCUGUGCAUCACCAAUCCCUGGUAUUUGCUCAACACGUUCCUCAUGUUCCUGGCCUCCCACUUCCUCAGGCGCUUCUACCUGAGCACUUCGCGGGAUGUGAAGCGCCUGGAGGCGGUGGCCAGAUCGCCCAUGUACUCCCACUUCAGUGCCACCCUGAAUGGUCUGCCCACGAUACGCGCCCUGGGUGGCCAGAGACUGUUGAUUGGGGAGUACGACAACUACCAGGAUCUGCACAGUUCCGGCUACUAUACGUUCCUCUCCACCAGUCGGGCCUUCGGCUACUAUCUGGAUCUGUUCUGCGUGGCCUAUGUGAUAUCCGUAACGCUGACGAGCUACUUUGAUCCCCCACUCGGUAGUCCCGGACAAAUUGGAUUGGCCAUCACUCAGGCCAUGUCCAUGACUGGCACCGUUCAGUGGGGCAUGCGGCAGUCUGCCGAGCUGGAGAACUCCAUGACCUCCGUGGAGCGGGUGGUUGAGUACAGAAACCUCCAACCGGAGGGACAGCUCGAGUCCCCUGCUGACAAGCAGCCGGCGAACAGUUGGCCCAAAGAUGGAAAAAUUGUGGCAGAUGAUUUGAGUCUAAGGUACAGUCCCGAUCCGAAAACGGAUCGGGUACUGAACUCGCUGAGCUUUGUGAUCCAGCCCCGCGAGAAGAUCGGCAUAGUGGGACGCACGGGUGCGGGAAAAUCCACGCUGAUUAAUGCACUCUUCCGAUUGUCCUACACCGAUGGCACCAUGUUGAUCGAUGGUCAGGACACGGCAGAGAUUGGUCUGCACGAUCUGCGCAGCAAGAUCUCGAUUAUUCCACAGGAACCGGUGCUCUUUUCCGGCACCCUGCGCUACAAUCUGGAUCCAUUCGAGCAGUAUACGGAUGAGAAGCUCUGGCAGGUCCUAGAGGAGGUUCAUUUGAAGGAGGAAGUCUCAGACAUGGCCACUGGCCUGCAGAGCCUCAUCUCCGAGGGUGGAACCAACUAUAGCGUUGGUCAGCGUCAGUUGGUCUGCCUGGCACGUGCCAUUCUACGGGAAAACCGCAUCCUAGUCAUGGACGAGGCCACGGCGAAUGUGGAUCCCCAGACCGAUGCCCUCAUCCAGUCCACCAUUCGCAGAAAGUUCAGGGACUGCACUGUCCUGACCAUAGCCCAUCGCCUGAAUACCAUUAUUGAUUCGGAUAGGGUGAUGGUAUUGGAUGCCGGCAAUCUGGUGGAGUUCGGCACUCCACACGAACUUCUAAUGCAGUCCGAGAGUAGAAUCUUCUAUGGCAUGGUCAUGGAGACGGGCGGGGCGAGCUUCGAUCAUCUUCUGAAGAUUGCACAGUCUGUCCACGAGAGCAAAUCGCACCGAAACCAGAAUGAAUCAUGAGGAGAGCAAAAAAGUAAAGUUAUUAGAGAAAAACUGUGUAUUCUUCCUUCUCAACAGCUGUUUAUAAAAUACUGGAGCCCGCUCCUGCUACUGCACCACCUUUCGUGGAGUAAUAAAGUUAUAAAUUAGUCCAACAUUUUCACAAAAAUAU